AUGGGAAACCGUAGAAUUUGUGAUAUAAAGGAUGUCAGUACUGCUGUUGGUGUUCCAUCACUUCAAGUUAUUGAGAUACAUAUAGGUCAACUCUCCCUGCGUCUCAAUUCUAGUGAGAGUUUGCCCUCUCCCCCUCAAGGCAAUUCGCAGACCGGUAGAUCUGGGGUGAUACUUGCUGUCGGCACCCCCUCCAUUCUACGAGAGUCAUGCCAGGCAGACAAGUCCUGUACAUAUGUCGUUGUCGUUGCCUAG